UUGAAGGAAUUAUGUUGCCUCUUUCAGAUCGCGUAUAUGAACAGCAGCUGGGUAUUCAGAGUCUGUGGAAGCCAUUCCAGGCAGCAGCCACUUCUGUGACUUGUCUAUAUAAAGAUGGGCUUGAAGCCUAUCGAGCGAGCUUGGAUCUGGGCGUGCAGGCAGGUUAUCAGAGAAGAAACAAGGAAAUGCUGGCUUGGGUGAAGAAGAGGAGGCACAUCAUCCACCGCGAAGACCUGCUCAGCUUCUUGUGCAGGAAGUCACCCCCGUCCAGGAACAGCAGACUGGCACCUCGGCUAAACAUUCCCUCCUCUGUGUUGGCACAGGAAGAUUCAAACAGGACUGCUGAGGGUGACCUGCAGGCAUUUACUGACGCCAUUGCUGUGCAUGGCCUCAGUGGUGCCAUGGCGAACGUCAGUGUGCGCUCAGGAACACCCGGGUCCCCGACACACGGCAGCAGUAACUCGGCCUCAGUGCGUAGGCGUGGCAGCCUGCAGGACGUGGACUUAAAUAGCUUUAUAGCUGAAGAGAUGGCUCACCAUCUGGACAGCUCAAGGAAGCGGGCUCCAGCUCAAUGCAGCGACAUCAUCACCGAGUCACCCAGUCACAAGCGAAGCCGAAUGCUAUGAGCCAGCGCUGGAGUGGAUUCUUGGACAGCUGGAGGUAAUCCUGCACUUCAGGCAGCCGGGCAGGUGAAGCAGGGAAUAGUAGGAACCAAAAAAGAAAAACGUGUAAACCUUUGGCCAAACAUUGGAGCAAAUGUUUAUGAAAUAAAAACGUAUUGUGAUUACUUCAAUUUUGCCAUAUACUUGUACUUGAAAAUGCAACAUCAAAGUGGGUUUUUAAAGGGCAUUAUGAUUUUGAUCUAAGUAUUGCCUGCAUUCUGCAUUACAUGGCUCAGUUAUAUCAUUUUCAAUUUUCAUUUUGUAAUUUUUUUUCUUUGGCACUUUAUUUAACAGUCAUUUUUGAUAAUUGUUUGUAACAAACUGUCUCUCAGUUACUUGACCCUCUGUGGAUCUUGGUGCCUGUGCACUGGGCUGUGUGCCUGCCUUCUGACCUUACUGUCAUUUGUUGGUCUGUUUUAUCCAUGGGGUAUUUGGUCCUUAAACAUAAUGAGCAUUUUUCCAAGUUUUGUUAUUGUCAGUGACCCAGGACGUGUAGGGCAUUUACGAGGGAUGGAACUUGAUCUAUCGCUAGCAUCCCCACAUGUUCUGCAAGGGAAGAUUUAGAUGUGGCACCAGCUUGUCUCCUAACACAGGAGUGACAGAAACCACCAGUCGCUGUUUGGCCACUGCCCCGCAGUAAACGUGCAUAUUGUUAACCAAUGAUUUCCCAAUGCUGUCCACUGGCAUGUCAGUAAAAAGGGUAGCUUCAGUCUGUGCCUGCUAUGUCCAUAAUCCCUCAGUGUCUUCUUUUAAGCCACAUUGCCCUGAUCUUGCACCAUAAAGGCUACGCAAUUUAUUCACAGCCUUUAAGGUUACAGCACAUAUGACUGUAAGGUCAUCUGACUCGUGUGUGUGAAUGUUCCUUUGCUGACCGUAGCAUUAUCCUGGUCUCUUAGGGUCAAGUGAUUGUGAAAGGGUUUCCGAUGUUAAUCAUGCCUGUUUUGAAUUGUGCAAAACUUUCAAUUGCAAUGUUCUGGCUAAUCACAGUUAUGAAUCCAGUAAAUAUGGAAGCAACAAA